CGACGUCUAUCCCCAACUUUAUUGGAAGGAGGCGGCCGGCGUCCAUGCCGCCUCGCCCGCACGCCCAUGCUGCCUCCACCUGUCAUGCCGCCGCCGUCCGCGCUUAGCAGCACGGCGACGCCUGCGCAUGCCGCUCCUGCCCGCACGCACGUGCAUGUCGCCGUCGGCGUCCGCUCUAGCAUCUGCUGGCUCCGUGGGCGAGGUCAAGGUGCUGUUGUGCCACAUCACGGAGCCCGACGGGCCGAGCUGGCAGGAGGCGAGGUCGAGGUGCUGGCUCCAUGGGCGAGGUCAAGGUGCUGCAGUGCCGGCCUGGCUGAUCCUGGCCGCGCGCCGGCCGGACGCGUCCGAGAUGACCCGGCACACCAGCAUGGCCCUGCGGCCAGCGUCGGGCGACGACGACGACGCGGCGGCCCUGGCGUGCGCGGCGCCGCUGCAGGCGAAGGUGCGCACCGCGGAGCCCAACGAGCCGAGCUGGCAUGUGGCGACGCCGACACCGAAGACGUCGCCUGCGCCAGCGGCCGGGCGUAGUCACUGGAAGCGCAUCAUCUCGUUGCCGUCGGCGCCGCACCGCGCCGCGGCGUCGUGCGCACGGGCGGCCGCAGUUGGCGUUCUCGAACCGCCGAGGGAGCACUUGACGGCGCCGCCGCAGUCGCCCGUGGCGCAGGCGAGGGUCGACGCGCCGGAGGCAACGCAGCCCGUGCGCGCCGAGAAGCGGCCGGACCAGCCCGUCGUGCCUGGGAAAGAUACGGUGGCGCAGGCGGACAGCUCGAAGAUUGUGUGCUGCAGGCUGCAGGCUGCAGCCUGCCACUUUGAGACAAACCAGGAAGAGAGAGAGGAUGAUUUCGAUGAGGGAGAAACUCUGUUCCCAUGUGAUUGUGGAUCUCAUGUCUGGUGUGCAGAGCGGCUUUAAUUCUUGGUCCAACCGUACUGUAUUUGCAUGUAUAUACCUCUUGUUUAGAAAAUGGCAUUUGUGUUGUGGUGACCCUACUUCAAAACG